AUGGUGCGCGAGAAGCAGCUGGAAGAGGCCGGGGCGCCGAAGCCUACGUUGUCGGAGCAGCAGAUCCGGCACCGCAUCGAAGUUGGUUGCUCGCCCAACUACCACGGCGACCCGGACAACGAGGGGAAUAUGUCGGCGGAUAUUCCCGACGAGCUAAACUGCUCGUUCUGGUUGACGAACUUGCCGCCGUACGCCACGGUCAACAUGCUGCUGGGGAAGAUUCGGGAUGUGGGCCGCAUAUAUGCGGUGUCGAUCAGCAAGCCGGAUCUGGAAAAGGGGCAUCUCACCUGCGCGGCCAAGCUGGUCUUUUUCAGUGUCGCGGACGCUACUCGGUUCUUGGGCCGGUACCCCAAGUACGGGAGUGAGGGCCUGGUCAUGGAUCGAUACCGGGCGAUGAUAUCCCGCAACCGCACACGAGCCGCCGAGAAAGGCCACCUCCCAGUUGAGCACACGCGAGCCAUCAUCAUCACCGGUCCAAAGGAUGUCGUGAACGAGCGCACGAUCAUGGCAUUCCUCAAGCCAAAGUUCGUCUUCGUCAUGGACGAGGUUACAUACCUGGUCCAAGGAAAGUCGAUCAAUAUCAUGGAGUGGCGCUUUGGCAGUUAUCGUUGCCAGUCCAAUGCCGCAUAUAAUGCCUUGUCCAGCGAUGCAGGCAUGAGGAAGGCUGGGGUCACGGUGAAGUACACUUGUGACCCGUGCGAUGUCAUUGUGCGGGAUCCGGCGGUGGAGAGGCUCCUGAAGCGCACGGGGGCGUUCCCGCCGCUCUUCGAUGCAGACCUGUACGACUAG